CCGUACGCAUGCGCGGCACCGAUUGUGUUCCGGGUACGUAUUGCGCAGUGACAUUGCGUAGUGAUACGAACACGGAAGUGGGUGAGAACUAGGAAGUACUUCUCUCUUCCGAGACGUCUUCUAUUGUGUGGGUCACAAUAGACUAAUCGUCCCUCAAUGUGAUGAUCGCUGCAGCACUUUGGUCCAGAUCAUAGAAUUAGACAGUGUGUCGAUCGAGACGAGCUCAAGGUUGACAAAUGUGAGGAGUGACAAGUGAAGGAGCUGGUGCAUCAUGGGCAACACGCCAUCGAAAGCUGACAGUGGUGAUGAGCCACCAAAGACAACUUUAUUUGAAAGGGAGCCAGAUGGCAUCACCUACAGAAUCCCUGCUCUCAUCUAUCUGAGACAUUGUGGUACCUUCCUUGCCUUUGCAGAGAAAAGGUCAUCUCCUUGUGACAGCCAUGCCAAACAUAUUGUCAUGAGAAGAGGGGUGCAGAACGAUGAUGGCUCUGUUCAGUGGAUGGCGAGCGAGGACCUGUCAACAGCAUGCCUGCCGGCCCACCGCACAAUGAACCCUUGCCCAGUGUUUGAGAAAAACACGAGCACCAUAUUUUUAUUCUUUAUCUGCGUUGUGGGGAACAUCUCUGAGAACAGGCAGAUCUACACAGGUAGGAACAAAGCGCGUCUUUGCUAUGUCAGCAGCGGCGACGACGGCCGCACCUGGAGCGAGAUCAAGGACGUUACAGAGAGCGUGAUCGGACAAGCUAUCGGCAAUUGGGCCACGUUCGCGGUAGGACCGGGUCACGGUCUGCAACUGGAGAACGGAAUGUUGAUCAUCCCAGCCUAUGCCUACUACAUGCCGUACAAGUGCUUCUCCUUCCCUAUUCCUUGCACUGUCUACCCACACGCGCUGACGGUCUACAGCACAGACUUUGGAAAGACGUGGCACAUGGGCAGGAUGCUCCGUAAGAAGUCAUGUGAAUGUGAGAUGGCCGAGAUCAUAGAUCACGAGGGCGGAAGUCACCUCUACUGCAACGCUCGCACCUUCGGAGGACACCGACGCGAGGCGCUGAGUGAAGACAGCGGCAUCUGCUUCGACAAACCUCGUACGGCCCAAGAACUGGUGGAGCAACCUCACGGCUGCCAAGGGAGCAUCAUCGGCUUCCCUGCCCCAGAGUUCAUCCCCAACGAGGAUGCCGAGAGCAAAGCGUGUGACACGUCCCCUUUGUCUCCAGACACCCAAACCUGGCUCCUCUUCAUGCACCCCACUAGCAAGAACAGCAGGCGGGACAUGGGCGUCUACUUGAACCGAUCCCCCCUGCACUCCAGAGGGUGGGACCAGCCCAGGAUCCUCCACAGCGGGCCCAGCGGGUACUCGGACCUGGCCUACGACCCGGACAAGGAUCAGUUCUUGUGCCUGAUGGAGUGCGGCAAAGAAAGCGAAGUGGAGCAGAUUGCGUUCAUGUCGUUUACGCUCAAAGAUGUUAUGCAGGCUAACAGGAAGAACAACAACAAGAUGCGCUGAAUGACUGCUGUCACUUCUGCAACCUUAAAAUCCAAGCAUGAAACAUGCUAGGCUAACA